UUGCUCGUAGCUUAUCAGUAUAUCAGUAUCCGUUUCUUACUCAGAAUUUGCGGUAACACAAAUUAAUUUUUAUUAAUUAUUUUCCAGUCAUAUCGUUGAUAUUAUAUUAUUGCACGUCCUCUCGUUUACUUUUUUAUGCUGGUGAAAUGAUCCAUCUUCCAGCGACUGUAUCAUUAGUUUAAGAAAAUUGUAGACCUAAUGCACCGCUCAUGUUUAUAAAUAUUUGAUUUUCCCAGAACAUGCCGGAAACUUACUUUUGUGCUUUUAUUUCUUCCUGUGGCAAGUGUCUGAAGAUCAAGUCUGAAUGGGAGAAAGAUGAAUUUAAGUUAAUUAUCCUGCAAGAUUGUGAUUCUUGGGAAUGCAUGGUGACAGCUGCCGAUAUCACAAGGGAAUUACCCGGCAUCAAUGCAAAUUCCUACAUUGAGCUAUCCAAAGAAAUUCUAGCUCGAAAGAACAAAGGCAAACUGUGUGAUUACAGUGUGGAUGAAAAUAUUUUUUCUUGGCAGAAAAGGAGUGAAGAUGGAGAAGUCAUAUUUUCAGGUUUUGCCAAUUUGAAAAAGAUACCAUACAACGAGUCAAUUAUCAAAUUUGUCGACUCAUUCCUUUCUCUGAACUCGGAACUAACAGAAGAAAUGACUAUCCUGGAACAGGAGAGUAAGACACUUGAAGCAGAGACGCGGAAGCUGAUAUCAUGCGCACAACAGGAAAUUGAUAAAAAGAAAACCAUGGAGACAGAAUUGCUGAGUAAAUUCUAUUUACUUUUACAAGAGAAAAAAAACAUGGUUUCAUUGCUGGAAAAUUUAGCCACUUGAUUUUUCCAAUUAAUUGAGGAGGUAUCUUAAGCUGGCCGAAAUCAUGAAGGGUCAUUGGUGAGAGGAAUGCAUCUAUGUUUCCUUCAAAAUCAAGGAAGAGAGAGCAACUCAACCUCGGGAAAAAGUUUACCCAUCAUGCAUCUAGAUCUGCUAAUACACCCAAAUUUUGAAAAGCUGAACAUUUCACACGUGAUGUUCUGUCUGCUAAUUAUUUCUGUAACAGUGUAUCCACACCUCUAUGUACCCAUUAAGAGUAGGGUUUGUAUCAUAUGCUCGGAGGAAAUAUCACAUUGCAACCCUCACAGCACAGAAACUCAACUCUUUAAGUGGGGAGCCAAAGAGUUUUAACAAAAUCAUAUCAAAUAGUUUCAAUGAAGAUAAUUCACAAAUAAAAAACUCUGUAAUGUAAAAUCAUUGAGUACCUACAAGAACAGAAUAAAAUCACAGCUCCAAAAAAUUACACUAUUAAAGACAAUAUUGAUCUCAUCGAGGAUAUGAACUUUCCUCAAUUUUAUGUUAACUAGGUAGCUCCUCCUUGCUAAAAUUAGACCUUAAAGGUAAACUCAAAAAAAGAAUGGUUAUGGACAAAGUCGACAACCUUGGGUUAUGGAGUGAGGAUUUUUCAAAGUUGAUGAAAUACAAAGCCACAAUUAUUGGCUCAGAGCAAACGCUCAAAACUGUCUGCUGCAUACAAUUUUCAUUGAAUUUAAGAUAUGUCUGAGAAUUUAACUAAAUUAGGGUAAUCAUAUCGGUAAAGAAGAAUUUUUUGUGUAUUUGAUGAUAACACUGAGCCAUAAGUUUGCAAUAAUUCUUAUUGCAAAUGAUAUGCAUAAAAAAUUUUUAGCUGUAAAAAAAGAAUACAUUUGAAUAGUUCUGAGAUAGGAGUAUCCAUUUGUGCAAAAUUGAUCAACAUAAAGCUACAAUCUUAAUUAAGUUUGUUUAAUUCCUUAAUAUCGGAACAACAGUAUGAAAUCGACACUUAGCUGUGACUUGUCAUAAGAAAAAAAUACUGUAGGUACAGGAAUGUAUCUCGAGGAAAUUGUGAAGAGAAUGUUUUAUAGCUCAAUAAAAGUUCUGAAAUUUGACUAGA